AUGCUCUCAUUCGUAAGUUUAAUUCACAGCCUUGCUGCCAUGGCGGAACCCUCGGGAGACCGCAGCCCAAGCCCUGACGUCAGCGCUGGCGGCCUGAGCUCCCCCUUCGAGCCGCUGCUCAGCCGCAGCAUGUCGCCCGAAGCAGAGGAACACCAUGCGCCGUCCGGACCCCUCCCACAAGAGGGGCCGCGGUCCCCCCUCCUGCGGAGCCCCAGUCCCCGAGCCGACGAAGCUAGCCCCCACUUCAGCCCCACAGCGGAUGGGGAGGCGCCCGUCAGGCGCGCAAACGCGAGCGUGACGCCGAGCCCGACGCCCGAGAGGAUCGUCAUGCUGAAGCCGCCAAAAGCGACGCCGGACCACCGGAGGGGGCAGCGGAGUCCCAGCCCCAGCCCGAUGAGUCCUCGGAAGAGAAUGGGGAGAGCCGGGGGCGAGAGGCUGGAAGAAGUGCCGGAGGAUGAGGAGUUGAGGAAAUUAAGCAGGUAUGGGGGGGAGGACGAUCCGGAGGAUGAAAGGAGGGGGGGGAGGGAGGAGCGGAGUAGCAGGCGGAGCGAUGAGGAGAGGAGGGAUAGGCGGCGAGAAGAUGACAGGCGCGACCGGAGGGGGGAUGAUGACCGGCGCGAUCGGAGGGGGGAGGAUGACCGGCGGGAAAGGAGGCGGGAUGAUGAUGAGGAUCGGUAUAGGGACCGGCGUCGAGAUCGGUAUAAUGACAGGACAGGGGAUGACAGGCGGGAAGACCGGAGACGGGGGAACGACGACGGCGAUUGGGAGCGGCGCGAUCGAGAUAGAAAGAGAGACAGGGGGGAAAGGGAGGACGACAGGCGGGACAGGGGCCGGGGAGAGCCUCGUUUGCGAGAGGAUGAAAACGGGAGAGAUAAGGAGCUGAGGGAAGAGCGAACCGAGCCCGACGGAGCAAACGGAAAGGCUCCGGUUGUUGCAAACGGCCCGGCGAGAGCGAACAUUGCGGCGCUUACGCGGACGGGGGGUGCGUACAUCCCCCCGUUCAAGCUGGCGCGGAUGAUGCAAGCGGUGGAUGACAAGGCUAGCAAGGAGUAUCAACGGCUCACGUGGGAUGCGCUGCGCAAGUCGAUCAACGGGCUCAUCAACAAAGUCAACACGGCCAACAUCCGCAACAUCGUGCUCGAGCUCUUCUCCGAGAACCUGAUUCGUGGGCGGGGCUUGUUCGCUCGUUCCCUGCUCAAAUCCCAGCUCGCGUCGCCCACGUUCACGCCCGUCUACGCAGCGCUCCUAGCGGUGGUUAAUACCAAGUUCCCGGAGCUGGGGGAGUUAGUGCUGAAGAGGGUCGUGCUGCAGUUCCGGCGCGCGUUCAAGCGCAACGACAAGCCGCUGUGCCUGGCGGCGGUCAAAAUGAUCGCGCACCUAGUCAACCAGCAAGUCGCCCACGAGGUGAUCGCGCUCGAGCUGCUCACGCUGCUCCUGGAAAAGCCAACAGAGGACAGCUUUGAGGUUGCUGCGGGUUUUGUGAAGGAAGUCGGAGCGACUCUGGCGGACAUGUCGCCUCAGGGGCUGCACGGCAUCUUCGAGGCAAUGCGCAGGAUUGCGCAAGAAGGCGAAGUUGGGCUGCGGGCGCAGUACAUCUUCGAGGACCUGUCGGCGGCCAGGCGGACCAAGUUUGAGGCGUUCCCUGCCGUGGGGAAAGAUUUGGAUUUGGUUGAAACGGAAGACCAGAUCACGCACGAGGUGUCGCUGGAGGACAACUUGGACCCCGAGACAGCGCUAGACAUCUUCAAGGAGAGCCCCACUUACCUGGAAGACGAGGCAGCCUACGAGAAGGUCAAGAAGGAGCUUCUUGGAGAGGAGUCUGAGGAAGAAGGUGGCGAGGAGGGCGAGGACGACGAAGAAGAGAGCGACGAAGAGGACGAGGAAGAAACGGAGGAGCAGAUGCAGAUCCGCGACGAGACGGAGACCAACCUGGUGAACCUGCGGCGUACGAUCUACCUGACCAUCAUGUCCAGCGUCGAUUUUGAGGAGGCGGGCCACAAGCUGCUCAAGAUACACCUGGCGCCUGGGCAAGAGAUGGAGGUGUGCCUGAUGCUGCUGGAGUGCUGCAGCCAGGAGCGCACGUACAUGCGCUACUACGGCCUGCUGGGGCAGCGCUUCUGCAACCUCAACCGCACCUACCAGGCCAACUUCGAGGAGUGCUUCGUCAAGCAGUACUCCAUGAUCCACAGGCUGGAGACGAACAAGCUGCGCAACGUGGCCAAGUUCUUUGCCCACCUGCUGGGCACGGACGCGCUGGAGUGGCAGGUGCUGGGCUACAUCCGCCUCACCGAGGAGGACACCACCUCCUCCUCGCGCAUCUUCAUCAAGAUCCUCUUCCAGGAGCUGUCGGAGCACCUGGGCCUGCGUCAGCUGAACGCGCGGCUGACGGACCCGCUGCACACUGCUGACGUGGAGGGCAUCUUCCCGCGGGACACGCCCAAGAACACGCGCUUCUCGAUCAACUUCUUCACGUCCAUCGGGCUCGGGGGGCUCACCGACGGCCUGCGCGAGCACCUCAAGAACAUGCCCAAGCAGAUCAUGCAGCAGCAGCCGCCCCCGCAGGCGGACGCAUCCAGCAGCGGCACUGACAGCGACUCCGAGAGCGACAGUGACAGCGAGAGCGACUCGGAGUCGGACAGCGACAGUGAGAGUGACAGCGAGAGCGAAGAUAGUGAGGAGGAGCGGAGGCGAAGGAAGAAGAAGCGGAGAAAGGCAUGAAUUUUGGAUUUCUUGUAGAGGGAGUUGGCAUAUGAGUAGGCUUCUUAGAGUUCUACCUUGCUUAAAGAACCUGUCCAUGAAGCAGAGAUGCUGGUCUAAAAGGCCGUGCCUUUCAAGCGGUGUUCAGUUUAAAAGCCUGGUCGAUGGACUGCUGUUUGAUUUUCCUCUGGCCGCAA